GAUUCUUUGGCACCAGACAGAGAUGCUUCAGGACAAACAUUAAGAUCACCAGCAGGGGAGAUGUGAAGACAACCAGGUUUGUUUGGGAGCAGCUGGAAUAACUGGGGUCAGUUGGAUAGUUAAUUUUAAAGGUGAAGUUAUUCUGUAAUAUACAAAGUUUUCCUGGGAGAGACCAAAAAUCUCAGAAGAGCCUACACGAGAAAAGUCAAUAAAACCAGUGGACCUACAGUAACAGAAUCUUUAUGUGGCUGAUGAGAAGACAUUAAAAAGCUUUUGGACAGGGAGUGGGACAAUGGGCUCCACAGGCUCCAGACCCAAGGUGCGGAAGGUAGCUCCAUGUAAUAGCCUGCAAGAAGAGGGGACACAGCCCGAACCACAAUGGACCCUCCCUGCUCUGCCGGUCACUGGGGAGCGGCUGUCAGGAUCUCUGGGACAGAGAAAGAUAACCUUACCUCCACUGAAACAGGAAAUAACUCUUUCCACACUCUCAGAACCAUGCUUUGCAGGAAGCCUACCACCAAAGCAAAGCAACAAUUCAAGCAUCAUUCACUCCCAUCCACCCCGAAGACCCCAGGCACUGCAACCACUGGCCCUUCAAAUUGGCCACACAAGCACUGCCAGUCAAAUUGCCAUGGGCAAGGACUGCAGAGAUGGGGCUGUCCAGCUAUUUUCUACAGCUGGCCAGACAGGACACUCUGGCACCGGCAGAAUCAUUCAGGGAGGGUUCCUGGAGGCCCAGACAUCUCUCACUCAACAGGCUCACCGGCGUCGGCGAGCUCACCUCCGACAAACCAGAGAGCAAAGAAGACAUAAGGUUGUCUACACAGUUAAUGUUGGAGGUGCAAAUACAGAAGGGAUCCAGAGGGUGAAACUUAUGAGGAGACCCACAGAGAGGGACAUCUUCUGGGAUGAGACCACAGGAGAAAGUCUGGAUCCCAGCUGCCUUCUGGACCAAAAAUCUCUGCCUCACCUCUGUGAAGAGAAACAGCUUAACCAGCCAGAGAAACAGCUCCUUUUGCAGAGAAGAUCUGCAGAGAGAUCAAGCUCAAGGUCUAACUGA